CUGGGCGGGCGGGGCGCAGGCCGCGGGGCCGGAGCCCGGGGGAGCGAGAGAGCGGAGGCGCGGAGGACCGAUUCACUCGCUGGGGAGACCUAUGGGCCGAAGCCGUGUAAAUGCGUUUUAAGCAGGGGCCUCGGCUCCGCAACUGCCACUCCUCCUCGGAGUGUUGCACAAGUUUCGAGGUCACCGGCGACCCUCCCUAGCAGCGCGCCUGGCUCUGGCCCCCGCGAAGGAGGACGGAGCUUGGCGGCAGCUGCAGCAACGCUCCAUCCAACCCGUCAGCUCCUCUUGCCAAGGCAUGGCUGACUACCUGAGUGAAUCGGACUUUGUGAUGGUGGAGGAGGGCUUCAGUACCCAAGACCUGCUGGAGGAACUCACUCUGGGGGCCUCACAGGCCACCACGGACAAGGCCUCUGCCUUCUUCGUGGCUGACCUGGGUGCCAUAGUGAGAAAGCACUUCUACUUUCUGAAGUGCCUGCCACGAGUCCGGCCCUUUUACGUUGUCAAGUGCAACAGCAGCCCAGGUGUGCUGAAGGUCCUGGCCCAGCUGGGGCUGGGCUUCAGCUGUGCCAACAAGGCAGAGAUGGAGUUGGUCCAGCAUAUUGGAAUCCCUGCCAGUAAGAUCAUCUAUGCCAACCCCUGUAAGCAAAUUGCACAGAUCAAGUAUGCUGCCAAGCGUGGGAUCCAGCUGCUGAGCUUUGACAAUGAGAUGGAGCUGGCAAAGGUGGUAAAGAGCCACCCCAGUGCCAAGAUGGUUCUGUGCAUUGCUAACGAUGACUCCCACUCCUUGAACCGCCUGAGCCUGAAGUUUGGAGUGCCCCUGAAAUCCUGCAGACACCUGCUUGAAAGUGCCAAGAAGAGCCAUGUGGAGGUGGUGGGUGUGAGUUUUCACGUUGGCAGUGGCUGUCCUGAUCCUCAGGCCUACGCUCAGUCCAUCGCAGAUGCCCGGCUCGUGUUUGAAAUGGGCACCGAGCUGGGUCACAGGAUGCACGUCCUGGACCUUGGUGGCGGCUUCCCUGGCACAGAAGGGGCCAAAGUGAGAUUUGAAGAGAUUGCUUCUGUGAUCAACUCUGCCCUGGACCUGUACUUCCCAGAGGGCUGUGGUGUGGACAUCCUUGCUGAGCUGGGGCGCUACUAUGUAACCUCGGCCUUCGCUGUGGCAGUCAGCAUCACUGCCAAGAAGGAGGUUCUUCUGGAUCAGCCUGGCAGGGAGGAGGAAAAUGGUUCUGCCCCCAAGACCUUCGUGUACCACCUUGACGAGGGCGUGUAUGGGAUCUUCAACUCAGUCCUGUUUGACAACAUCUGCCCUACCCCCGUCCUGCAGAAGUCUAAGAGCUCCCACCCUGCUGAAUGUCUCUAGAGUCCAUUCAUUCCAUUGCUGUGUAGCACUCUUUUGUGUAUGCUGAAUCAUGGUAGCACUGACCUUCAGUUUUGAUAUCUGUGUCAAGAUGGAGAAUCCAAUAGAAUACCCUUACGUAAAGCAGAGAACCCAAAAGAAGUACAUCCUCAGUUUAAGGGUCAACUGGAGAAAAAAGCCCAUCCUACAGAGAAGGACAGCAAGAAAACUUCCCUGUUUUGAUCUUGGUAGUGACUGGAAGAAAGAAAAAAUUGAGAUUUUGCAGCCACAAGCCAGCUUCUCUUGAACUUGUGGCCCAAAUUCACAUUAACUAUGGUCUGAAAAACCUCAAGUCUCAAAAUAAUUUCAUCUGGCAGAAGCAAACAAAUUCUUUCUGGAGGGGGAAUCUUCAAUUUAGGCUUCUCACAGAUAAGGUUUCAAAGAUAAGAAUUCUCACAGAUAAGGUUUCAAAGUACCUGAGCUCACAGUCAAAAAGCAGUCAAAAAUCACAACAUAUGGCUGGGUGUGGUGGCUCACCCUAUAAUCCCAGCACUUUGGGAGGCUGAGGCAGGCAGAUCAUCUGAAGGCAGGAAUUUGAGACCAGUCUGGCCAACAUGGUGAAACCCUGUCUCUACUAAAAAUACAAAAAUUAGCUGGGCAUGAUGGUGGGUGCCUAUAAUCCCACUACUCAGGAGGCUGAGGCAGGAGAAUUGCUUGAACUUGGGAGGCAGACAUUGCAGUGAGCUGAGAUCAGGACACUGCGCUCCAGCCUGGGCAACAGAGCCACACUCUGUCUUAAAAAAAAAAAAAUCACAACAUACAAAGAAACAAGUCACGUAAGGAAGAACCACAAUGCAAUAGGUAGCAGAUCAGACCUACAUUUACUUCAUAUAUUGCAGUUAUCAGGUGCUAACAUUCUUUUACAAUGUUUGAAGAAAUAAGAAAUUGAAAAUAAGACCAAAGAAUAAGUGAAUAUAAAAAUAUGUUGUAGUAGAUUUUAAAAAGGAUUAAAUAGAACUUCUAGAAGUGAAAAGUAGAGAAAUUGAAAUUAUGGCCAGGGUAAGCAGCAUAUUAGAGACAACAGAAGAGAGAAUGAGAGAAUGCAAAGAUAGAGUUGAAGAAAGUAUCCAAAUAUAGCACAGAGACAAAAAGAUAUAAAAUAGGAAAGGCUAAGGAAGUGGUACAUAGAGUGAGAAGGAGUAAUGUCCAAUCAUAGUUUCAGGAAGAGAUUGUAUCAGGAUACAGAUACCACAGUAGUAAUUUGAACAGGAAAAUUUCAACAUAAAGAAUAGUUAACUCUAAAGGUGGUUAAUUACAAUUACUAAAAGGGGUAAAAUCAGCUACCACCCCCGAUCCUGAGGGCGAGUGAACAAGGGAGGAACUUAGAAACACAGAGAAGGAGAGCACCAGGACGUCCUCCAAGGCUGAUAUUGAAAGCUUUGAGGAGAGGCUGCAGUGUCAUAGAAACACGAAGUUACCAGUGGCAAACUUGUCAGAGGGUGCCUACUGCAAUAACCCAUGCAGCACAGAAGCAGUCUGCUGCUAAAUGGAGGAGAAUCUUGCUGGAAGGUGCAGGCCAGGGCUGAACUGUGAAGGCCGCUAAGAUGAAUGCUACCAUAUACUUGCUGGAUAACCUUAGGCAAGUUACUUAAUCUCUCUGAGUCUUAUUUCUCUCGCUUCUCCAGUUGAAAAAUCAGGGGGCUGAACUUUAAUUACUAAUGUUGCUUCUUGUUUUGAAGUGAGGCCAUUCCAGUGUAUCUUCAUGAAGUUAGAGUUGAUUCCUUAUUGAAAUAGUCUGUCUUCAUUGUGGGGUUUUGUUUAGAUUUUUUUCUGUAGAUUUGAUCAAGAAUAGAUGCUAUAGCUAUUGAAUGCUAUGUUGAGAUGUUAAAAUAUAAAUGUCGGGCUGGGCGCGGUGGCUCAAGCCUGUAAUCCCAGCACUUUGGGAGGCUGAGGCGGGUGGAUCACGAGGUCGAGAGAUCGAGACCAACCUGGUCAACAUGGUGAAACCCCGUCUCUACUAAAAAUACAAAAAAUUAGCUGGGUAUGGUGGCGCGUGCCUGUAAUCCCAGCUACUAGGGAGGCUGAGGCAGGAGAAUUGCCUGAACCCAGGAGGCGGAGGUUGCAGUGAGCCGAGAUCGCGCCAUUGCACUCCAGCCUGGGUAACAAGAGCGAAACUCUGUCUCAAAAAAAAAAAAAAAAAAAAAAAGUCUAGAGUAACCACUAUAAGAAUAGAAAUAAGAUAAUAUAACUUCUAACACAGAGGGUAAUUAAAAUAGUUUAGUUUUGAUAUCAGCAUAAAAAAUAGACCAGCUAAGGCAAACUGGGAGGAAUAUUGAAACACAUGUAUAAUUGAUAAGAGAUUAGUAGGCAAAAUAUAUGAAGAAUUCUUAAGUAAUAAAUAGAGACAAACAAGAAUCUCAAGAAAAUAAGGAAAAAAGCAACCCAAUAGAAAUACAGGCAAGAGACUUUACCAGACAAUUCAUGAAAAGGUGCUCACUGGUAAUCAAGGAAAUGCAAAUAAAAGUGAAAAUGAGAUACCAUUUCAUACCAACUAGAUUAGAAAAACAUUAAAAGCACGAUAAUGCCAACUGUUGGUGAGGAUAUGGCGUAGUUGGGUCUCUUAGGUACUGCUAGGCAGGAGUUGGUGUAUCUCUACUUUGGGAAACAAGUAGGCAUUAUUCAGAUAAAUUUAAACAUAUGUAUGCCCUACAUUACAGCAAGUUCCUAGGCCUAUAUUGUAAAGAAACUCUUGGCAUGCGUGUUCGAGGAGAUGUAUCAGGAUGUAUAUAUUUUUAUAAUAUAAAACACUGGAAAUGACCUUAAUGUUUGUUGGCAGGGUAGAAGAUAUAUAAUUAUGGUAUAUUCCGUACAGUGAAUUCUAUGCAGCAUAUUGUGAACUUGUAGAGAUUACGUACUCAACUUAAACUCUCUGAGCCUUAUUUCUCUAGUUUCUCCAUUUGGAAAAUGGCUGGGCUGAACUUUAGUGUAUCUCAAUGAAGUCAGAGUUGGAUCCUUGUUUAAAAUAGUCUCUCUUUAUUGUGGGGUUUUGUUUUGUCUAUAGUUUUAAUAAAGAGUAGAUGCUACAGGCUA